AUGUCUGUGAAUAUGAACAAGAUCGUGACGGUGAGCGUGUUUGCCGCGGCUGGGGUUUACAUGGGGAUGAAGUUCUUCGAGCCCAUCGUGAUUGAGCAAUUACGUAAGGACGGUAAUCUGCGCACAGACAUUCCUGUUCCGCAGUACGACGAGAACGGAUCGAAAUUGGUGGAGCGCGGCGAACAGGUGACGUGGGAGCAGAUCCGCAAGGAGGCGGAGGUGCCAAAGGACAGUUCCAUCACGAAUCCGACCGAAAAGUCAAACUAG